GUUUCAUUGUAUCUUAAAUCUUAAACUAAAAAGAUAAAAUAUACGACAACAAGUUGAAGUGCGAGACAGAGCGAACGCCCGCCAUCGCCAUUCCCCUCACAUCUCCCUCUUCUCCAUAUCCCCAAAAUCACCAGGUUAAAUCCACCCUAAAAUCAUCUCUUCGCGUAUUUAUUAUUUAAGGGUUUGAAUCUCUUAUUAGUUCCUUCAUUCUUCUCUUCAGAUCCACCGUCCCUUUUCCCCUUUAACCCUAAUCCCAUACGCUCUCGAUCAAACCCCAAUUCUCCAUCCGUUUCUUUAAUUUCAGUAUUUUAUGCGGGAUCUUCUAAUACAUCAGUUCCAAGUUUCCAAUUUUGGAUGCAAUUUAAGCGUUGAGCUUGAAAACCUACAAAAAUCUUGAUCGAUUUUGUCUCUAUUAGGGUUUCUGUCGAUUCUUAGUUCUUCGAUCUUUUUGGUCAUAAAUUGACUCUGUAAUGGUGGGUGCGGACGCUUUACCUUCACCGAGGCAGCACGGUGUUACCAAACCUUUGUCUCUAGCGGGGCCAUCAGAGGCCGAUAUACUCAGAACUAAAAAGCUGAACAAGUUUUUGGUAGAUGCUGGACUUUACGAAAGUCAAGAAGAAGCAGCUAAGAGGGAGAUGGUUCUUGGUCGAAUCAAGCAGAUUGUAAUUGAUUGGGUGAAGCAACUCACGCGCCUUCGAGGGUACACAGAACAAAUGGUGGAAGAUGCAAAUGCUGUCAUAUUUACUUUUGGUUCUUAUCGGCUUGGGGUUCAUGGUCCUGGGGCAGACAUUGACACCUUGUGUGUGGGGCCAUCUUAUGUGAACCGAAAUGAAGAUUUCUUCUUUGUUUUGCAUGAUAUUUUAACAAAUAUGGAAGAAGUCACUGAACUUCAACCAGUUCCAGAUGCCCAUGUACCAGUUAUGAAAUUUAAGUUUGAAGGGAUAUCUAUUGAUCUUCUUUAUGCUAGCAUUUCUCGUUUAGUCGUCCCAGAUGACUUGGACAUAUCCGAUGUUUCCGUGUUAUAUAAUGUCGAUGAACCUACAGUUCGUAGCCUUAAUGGCUGCAGGGUUGCUGAUCAAAUUCUUAAACAUGUUCCAAAUGUUGAGCAUUUUCGUACAACACUUCGAUGCUUAAAGUUUUGGGCCAAAAGGCGUGGUGUUUAUUCAAAUGUGACGGGAUUUCUUGGUGGUGUAAAUUGGGCUCUUCUUGUUGCACGGGUUUGUCAAUUUUAUCCAAAUGCUAUACCUAGUAUGCUGGUGUCUAGAUUUUUCAGGGUUUAUACACAAUGGAGAUGGCCAAAUCCAGUUAUGCUAUGUUCAAUACAAGAGGCUGAGCUUGGAUUUACUGUGUGGGACCCACGAAAAAACCCCAAGGACAAAACUCACCACAUGCCAAUUAUAACCCCUGCCUACCCAUGUAUGAAUUCUAGUUACAAUGUCUCCAUUAGCACACUACGUGUUAUGACUGAGCAGUUUCAAUUUGGGAACCAGAUAUGUGAGGAGAUAGAAGUUAAUAAAGCACAGUGGCCUACGUUGUUUGAACCAUAUAUGUUCUUCGAGAGCUACAAGAAUUAUCUACAGGUUGAUAUUAUUGCUAAUAAUCCAGAUGAUUUACGUGCUUGGAAAGGUUGGGUUGAGUCUCGUCUCAGGCAGUUGACCUUGAUGAUUGAGAGAGACACUCAUGGAAAGCUGCAAUGUCAUCCAUACCCUCAUGAAUACAUUGAUCCUUCAAACCAGUUAUCACAUGGAGCUUUCUUUAUGGGAUUACAAAGGAAACAAGGUGAAGCAAUUCAAGAAGGUCAACAGUUUGACAUUCGUGGCACAGUUGAGGAGUUUAGACAUUCAGUGAACAUGUACAUGUGUUGGAGACCUGGAAUGGAGAUAUACGUGUCUCAUGUCAGGAGAAAGCAGAUCCCUUUAUACGUGUUUCCACAUGGUUAUAAACGCACCAGAACCACCAGGGUUUCAAAUAUUGAGAAUGGUGAAGUUGGUAGAAAGAGAAAAGACGAAUGUACCCCUGUGAAGCAAGAUAGUCCUUCGCUAAAAAGACAGUCAAUGAGUCCACUCAGCCAUUGUUCUGAUUCUGUAGAUAAUGAUAAAAUCCAGGUGUUUGAAGUUGAGCCAAAUGAUGAACAUGGGAUGGAACUAAACUCAAGAGGCAGUGGCGACAUGGACAUGGACCAGAACUCGAUUAUGAGGUAUGAUGUGACAUCAACAGCUUGAGAGAGAAGAUUAAAGUGGAUGAGAAAGCAGCAGUUAUGCUAUGCAAAUCAAAAUCAAAUGAAGCAAGCAAGCUUUCUGGAGUUGGAAGAAGUUUUAGGGUUUUAGUGGGCUGGGUUAUUAGGUGGAGUUGGGGGUGGGGUGGUUAAGAGUCUUGUUUGAGAUAUGUUGAUUAGUGGUGUCAUCUUGUCAUCUAGUUUAGUUGUCUUGAAGUGACUAGUGGAGAUUUGUUUUUAGAGUGUGUUUAAGCUUUAAAGGACAAGGUCAAGGUCAGGUGGGGGAUAUGUUGAUGUUGAUGAGGGUGUUGUGUUUGUUUUUCUUUUGGGUAUUUUGGUGUUGUAACGUUGGUUUCAAAGAUUGUAAAUCUUCAAUUGCGUUGAAAUGGCACAAGCCUUUUUUUGCAUCA